UCCUAACAUUGUGCGCAUCUAUUAGAUAGGGCUAAUUUGGCAAGAUGAUGAACUUUUGAAUGAUUGAGUGGGUCAUUUUUAGUCUACGGGGUUUAAGAAUUUCAGUUUAGUGUCCUGAGGUAAGAUAUACAUUCGAAACUUAUUGCUCUGUACAGUACAGAGUGAAAUACUCUUGACCUCGUUAAAAUUAAAGCUAAAAUUUAGAGGGAAUAUGAAAGAGGAAAAGGAUCACAAGGCUUUUGAAUGACUCUUUCCUGUUCCCCGUCUUACUCUGCAAUUUGAAGCAGGGGAGUCAGUUAUGAAAGCAACAACCAAGUAGUUAGUACAAAGAUUCACAAUGAAAUCUGAGAAAGACAACCCUCCAGCCACCCUCCACCCAAACAGUCUGUUUAUUCAAGAAAACCCCCAUUUCACCGAAUCCUCCAAUAAACAAAUUAAUUCUCUGUAUUUUUAUUUUUUCUUUAUCAAUGUUGUUAUAUUCAUCCCCUGUUUCUUUCUCUAUAUCUUCAACUCCUCUGUCUCUUUAUCGUUUAUAUAUUACAACUGCUGUGGCUGCUACUUAUAUCAUCAUCCUCACAAAUACUACUCUGUUUUUUUUCUCAUGCAGCCACCUCGCCGGAAAUCUUCAGAUUCUUUUACGAUGAAGCACGGCAGCGGCGGUGGGCGGAAGAGCAACAACCUCCCUAUAUUCGUGGUGGUUUUCUCUGUUUUCCUGUUCGGAUGCUUCAUGUACAAUGAAGACGUGAAAUCCAUUGCGGAGUUCCCAUUUUCCAGGCCUAAAGCCGAUCAAGAAAUCCAAGAAGAAGAUCGAACUCCCAAGGGAAACAACAACAAUGUUGUCGGCAGUAAUUUUAACGUAGAUAAUAACGACACCCCAGUUGUGAAAAAUUCAAGGACAAUUGUUGAGAAAGAGGUUGAAAGUUCUGGUGAUGGUGAAGAUAAUGAGAAAACAGAGGAAAUGUCAUCUGACAGUAUUACUAACCCAAAAGAAGAAGAGGAAAAGAAGAUUGAGCAGCCAAUUCAGGAUGGUAGAAACGAUAGUGAUGAUGAUGAUGACGAUGAUGAAGAAGAAGAGAUUCAAUUGCCUCCUGAAGAUUGUGAUUUGUUCAAUGGAGAAUGGGUUCUUGACAAUGUGACUCAUCCACUGUAUAAAGAACCCGAAUGUGAAUUCCUCACAGCACAAGUGACUUGUCUCAGAAAUGGAAGGCAUGAUUCAUUGUUCCAGAAUUGGAGAUGGCAGCCCAGAGAUUGUUCCCUGCCUCAGUUUAGAGCAAAAUUACUGCUUGAAAAGCUGAGGAACAAAAGGCUAAUGUUCGUUGGAGACUCAUUGAACCGAAAUCAAUGGGAAUCAAUGAUUUGUUUGGUGCAAUCAGUGGUUCCUCCGGGCAGAAAGAGCUUGAACAAAACUGGCUCAUUAUCUGUUUUUAGAAUCGAGGAUUACAAUGCCACGGUGGAGUUCUACUGGGCUCCAUUUUUGGUAGAGUCGAAUUCAGACGAUCCAAACAUGCACAGUAUACUGAAUAGAAUCAUCAUGCCGGAGUCGAUCGAGAAACAUGGCCGGAAUUGGAAGGACGUGGACUUCCUCAUCUUCAACACUUACAUUUGGUGGAUGAACACUGCCAGCAUGAAAGUCCUACGAGGAUCAUUUGAUGAUGGUGCCACCGAAUAUGAUGAGAUUGAAAGGCCCGUAGCCUACGGCAGAGUUUUGAGUACGUGGUCCAACUGGGUCAACCACAACAUCGAUCCCAAUCGAACCCAAGUCUUCUUUAUGAGCAUGUCUCCUCUUCAUAUCAAGAGCUUGGAUUGGGAGAACCCAGACGGAAUAAAAUGCGCCAAGGAAACAACUCCGAUCCUAAACACCUCCAUGCCACUCAACGUCGGGACUGACCGGCGGCUGUUUGUGAUCGCGGCAAACGUGACGAAUUCAAUGACCGUCCCGGUUUAUUUCCUCAACAUCACCAAGCUGUCGGAGUACCGGAAAGAUGCCCACACUUCGGUACACACCAUCCGGCAGGGCAAAAUGUUGACGCCGGAACAACAAGCCGAUCCCGCCAAUUACGCCGACUGCAUCCAUUGGUGCCUUCCCGGUUUGCCCGAUACUUGGAAUGAGUUUCUGUACACACGAAUUAUUUCUCGCUCCAGCUAACACGUAUUUUGUACGUAAUGUGUAUAGCUAGUAGUUAACUUCCGAGAUUUUUUUUUUCUUUUUUAAUUUUUUUGCCUUGUAUACCCAAAAAAACAGAAUUCAUUUUUUGGUUUUUUUUUUCUCCACCUUGUAUUUUAAGUUUUGUAUUCAGCUGAGGUCAACCUCAUGAGAAUACUGUAUUUUAUUUUUAUUUUCCCCCCUAGCCUGCCUUUGCGUCCCAUUGGAGUUCCCUCGUUCUUUCUUUUUCCUUUGGUCAAAAAAAAAAAAAAGGGAAAAGAAAAAAGGACCGGAAAGCCAUGUGAGUAAGGUGUGGCAGACUGGCAGUUUCACCUACAGGGGAUGAAAUACCUACUAAAUUGGUUCAACUCAAUGUAACCAAUCUGUGAACAUGAUGAUGACUGCUAGUUUUCUUACUAUUUUUGUUCUCAAUACCUCUUUGUAAUUUUUGAAUUUCGCAAAACAAACUUAAUAAAAAAUAGAAUGAUGACGGAG